AUGACCAAGACAAAAGAGCUGUCCAAGAAUGUCAGGGACAAGAUUGUAGACUUACACAACACUGGAAUGGGCUACAAGAGUAUCGACAAGCAGCUUGAGCUGCUGGACGAGUUGGCCCGCACCGACUGCUCCCUGAUACUCCAGAACCUGUUGCAUCUGUGCUUGCACAUAGAUGCUCUGUUGCAGCAGUGCAGGGUAAGGCGACAGACCACUGGCUCGCCAGUGCUGCCUAAGAAGCCAGAGGCUCCUGAUACUCCGGAGGAGCCCAUGCAGCUUGCGGCCGCUCGUCUGCACCUCACCCAGGCCGAGAAGGAGAGCAGUAAAGGACUCUCUAAAGGCCUGGAAACUGCGCUGCUGAUUGAUCCCAAAAACUCUUGUUCUUCAUCUCGCCAGUGGGUAGCCCUUGUUGUGGGCCAUGAACUUGCUCACCAGUGGUUUGGAAACCUUGUAACUAUGGAAUGGUGGACUCAUCUGUGGCUCAAUGAGGGCUUUGCAUCCUGGAUUGAGUACCUUUGUGUAGACCAUUGCUUUCCAGAAUAUGAUAUCUGGUCCCAGUUUGUUUCUGCUGAUUACACAAGAGCUCAGGAGCUUGAUGCAUUAGACAAUAGUCAUCCUGUUGAAGUCAAUGUAGGCCAUCCAUCUGAAGUGGAUGAAAUAUUUGAUGCAAUUUCUUACAGCAAGGGAGCAUCAGUAAUUCGAAUGUUACAUGAUUACAUUGGGGAUGAGGAUUUCCGGAAAGGAAUGCACCUAUAUCUUACCAAGUUUCAGCAUAAGAAUGCUUCUACAGAAGAUCUUUGGGAAAGCCUGGAACAUGCUAGCAGUAAACCUGUUGCUAUUGUGAUGAAUACAUGGACCAAGCAAAUGGGUUUUCCACUGGUGUAUGUGGAAGGGGAGCAGCAAGAAGAUAACAAAGUGCUGAAGCUAGUCCAGAAGAAAUUCUGUGCCAGUGGACCACAUAGUGGGGAAGAUUACCCUCUAUGGAUGAUUCCCAUUAGCAUUUGUACAAGCGAUGACCCAACCCAUGCCAAAAUGCAAGUAUUAAUGGACAAGCCUGAGUUAACUUUAGUUUUGAAAGAUGUGAAGCCAGAGCAGUGGGUUAAGCUAAACCUGGGAACAGUAGGAUUUUAUCGGACACAGUACAGUCCUGACAUGCUGGAGGGCUUACUUCCAGCUAUCCAUGAUCUCUCCUUACUCCCCGUGGACAGGCUAGGGCUGCAGAAUGAUCUCUUUUCCUUGGCCCGAGCUGGAAUUAUUAGCACGGUAGAGGUUCUAAAAGUCAUGAAAGCAUUUGUGAAUGAGCCCAACUAUACCGUGUGGAGCAACCUGAGCUGUAACCUGGGGAUUCUCUCAACUCUCUUGUCCCACACAGACUUCUAUGAAGAGAUUCAGGCAUUCAUCUGUGAUAUCUUUUCACCAAUAGGAGAAAAACUGGGCUGGGAUACCAGGCCUGGUGAGGGUCAUCUAGAUGCACUUCUGAGAGGUUUAGUUUUGGGCAAGCUUGGAAAAGCUGGACAUAAGGCAACAUUGGAAGAAGCUUGGCGGCGGUUUAAAGAUCAUGUGGAAGGGAAGCACAUCCUGUCUGCUGAUCUGAGGAGUUCUGUAUAUGUAACUGUUUUGAAACAUGGUGACAGUAUAACCUUAGAUACUAUGCUAAAGCUCCACAAGCAAGCUGAUAUGCAGGAAGAGAAGAACAGAAUAGAACGUGUACUUGGUGCAAUAUCUCAGCCAGAGUUAAUACAGAAAGUUCUUACUUUUGCACUUUCAGUGAGUAUGAUGCCACAUACUAAUCCUGUCCAUUGGAAACAACAUAAGAAUGGAAUUGGGAAUUUAGUAUCAUUUUCAGCAUCCUGA